UCGUGCUGUAAACACUUCUCGCUCAGCUGCGUGGCGGAGAUAGAGACAGAGACAGCUCAUUCCAAGGGCUCGAGGUAGGCUAAUGUAUUUACGUAGACUGGGCCAUUAAAACGCUAUUCACAUCUCACGCCUCAUAUGCUAUCUCAAAAACAAAGACGGUGCAGAAUCUCCGGUCUGAGGUGCGAUGGCUAGGAAGACGGACAUUCCUCCUUCUUACUAUGGUGAGCCACGCAAGUUUGACCCGAGCUUCAGAGGUCCUAUCCAUAACAGGGGCUGCACGGACGUGGUGUGCUGUGUUAUCUUCGUCAUCGUCAUCAUCGGCUACAUCGCUCUGGGCACCGUGGCCUGGAUCCAUGGUGACCCCAGGAAGGUGGUCUACCCCACCGACAGCCACGGACAGUUCUGUGGACAGCAGGGGACCCCCAACGCCAACAAAGCCAUAUUAUUCUACUUCAACAUAUUGCAAUGUGCCAAUCCUGCCGUUCUAAUUAACCUCCAGUGCCCUACAACCCAGCUCUGUGUCUCCAAGUGCCCAGACAGAUUUGCCACAUACCUAGACAUGCAAUACAACUACAGGUACAACAAGAGCUACUGGGAGUAUUACAGGCAGUUCUGCAAGCCGGGCUUCGACAAUCCUAGAAAGUCCGUUGCACAAGUCUUGCGAGAUGAGGACUGCCCAUCCAUGAUAGUGCCAAGCAGACCUUUCCUCCAGCGGUGCUUCCCUGACUUCAUCACCAGGAACGGGACGCUAACUGUCGCCAACAAGACAGUCUUCAAAGACGGCUUAGGUAAAACGAGGAGCGUGAUCGAUCUCCGAGACGCUGCCAACCAAGUUACCGCCAUGCAGCAAGGAGUGGAAAGUGGCAUUACCAGUCUGCUAGAUGCCAAGGAGGUUGGCAUGAAGAUCUUUGAGGAUUAUGCCAGCUCCUGGUACUGGAUCUUAAUAGGUCUGGUGAUAACCAUGGUGGUCAGCCUGGCCUUUAUCCUGCUGCUGCGGUUCACAGCCGGAGUGCUCCUGUGGCUCAUCAUCUUCGGAGUCAUCGCUGUGGUGGGCUACGGGAUCUGGCACUGCUACUGGGAGUUCAGUACACUGAGAGGGAAGCCGCACGGUGAUGGUGAUGUCACCAUCUCUGACAUCGGCUUUCAGACGGACUUCAGAGUUUACCUGCAGCUCAGUCAGACCUGGCUCAUCUUCAUGAUCUUCCUAUCGGUCAUUGAGGCGGUCAUCAUAAUAAUCCUGAUAUUCCUGAGGAGGAGAGUACGCAUCGCCAUCGCUCUGCUGAAGGAGGGGAGCAGGGCCAUUGGCUACAUCAUGUCCACUCUCUUCUACCCGAUCAUCACUUUUGUGCUGCUGGCCAUCUGCAUAGCAUACUGGGCAGUCACUGCUGUCUUCUUGGCGUCUUCUGGCGAUGCUGUCUACAAGGUCAUGUCGACGCAGGACAAAUGCAUGUAUGCCAACCUCACCUGUGAUCCAGAGACGUUCAGUCAGACCAACGUGACCAAGGUGUGCCCUGGCUCCCAGUGCACCUUUGCCUUUUACGGCGGCGAGAGCCUCUACCACCGCUACAUCUUUGUGCUGCAGCUGUGUAACCUGCUGGUGUUCCUGUGGCUGGUCAACUUCACCAUCGCCCUGGGACAAUGCACCCUGGCCGGGGCCUUCGCCUCCUACUACUGGGCCCUGAGGAAGCCCCAGGAUAUACCAUCCUGUCCACUGUUCUCCUCCUUCAGUAGGGCUGUAAGGUACCACACAGGCUCUCUGGCGUUUGGCUCUCUGAUCCUGGCUGUAGUGCAGAUGUUCCGCAUUGUUCUGGAGUAUCUGGAUCACAAACUCAAAGGUGCUCACAAUGCUUUUGCCCGCUUCCUGAUUUGCUGUCUCAAAUGCUGCUUCUGGUGCCUGGAGCAUUUCAUCAAGUUCAUGAACAGGAACGCCUACAUCAUGAUCGCGAUAUAUGGGAAGAACUUCUGCAUCUCGGCUAAGGAUGCUUUCUUCCUCCUGAUGAGGAAUGUUGUGAGGGUGGCAGUGCUGGACAAGGUGACAGACUUUCUGCUCUUCUUGGGAAAAGUGCUUAUUUCAGGGAGUGUUGGUGUUCUAGCAUUCUUCUUCUUCACCCGUAAGAUACCAGUUAUUCAAGAAGAAGUGCCAUCACUAAAUUACUACUGGGUCCCCCUUCUGACGGUGAUAUUUGGAUCCUACCUGAUUGCCCAUGGCUUCUUCAAUGUCUAUGCUAUGUGUGUGGACACCUUAUUCCUUUGUUUCUGUGAGGACCUGGAGAGGAACGAUGGCUCGACCCUCAAGCCCUUCUACAUGUCCCCUCAAUUGCACAGGAUCCUCCGCAGAGAGCAGGGCUCCAAGCUCUAUGCUGCCUCCUGAUAGGCCACCACACUGAACAUCUGCCUAGUGAUAGGCCAGAACACUGACUCACUGAAGGACUGACCCAUUUAUUAUCUAUGUGUGGGGCUGUUUGUGGUCUGGAGCAUACUAGAGCAGGGCCUAAUGGCUGGGCUGGACUCCUGACUGGCCAGGAAGGCCUUGGCAGGACAUGGCAGGACCCAAGAGGGUGGUGUAUGUAGGUGGGGUUUAGAAAAGGGCGAGGCUCUAUUCAACUUCCUCCCUCUCGCCGCCACCGCCGUUGAUACUUCUGAUACUUGCCUUUUUUCUCUGUCGUGCUUCUGUCCCUUUCUUUCUCUGCCGUGCCGACACUGCUGAUCAGUGCCUUACGUAGAGAGCGCUGCAGCAGCACAGUGGACAUGUGUGUGUGUGUGUGUGUGUGUGUGUGUGUGACGAGGGUGAAAUUGCCAUUAGCCCAACACAUUGCAAGAGGCACACAUUCUGCAAAAGGAGAUCUCUGUAUUUCGGAUGCAAUUGGUGUACUUUUUCAGAUGGUAAAAACAUUAUGGGGUUGUGGGGUGAUACAGUACAAGGGCACCCCCUUCUGACACUACUGUGUUUGUGCAAUGGUUAUAUGUACUGUAAUGUAAGGUGUUUUGGGUGAAGUUGCUCUUAGACGCUGAUCUUGGGUCAGUCAGUUUAGCAUUUUCCUCACCAAUGGUUAAGGUUAGGAUUGGGGGAGGUUUUACCCCACCCAAUAACUGUUUUAGGCACAUGUGUGGAAAAUAACCUUGAGAUGGGUUUUCUGUAAAGCAUGAUAAUUUUUGGGCUGUUUAUGCUUAACAUUAGUUGAAGAGGCACAUUUGGUCCACCAUAUUUAUUGACACUGUUACAGAUACUGCUACAGAGUCCUGGGCACAAGAACACUAUUCCAAACUUAAUGUGUAAUGCUACAUAGAUAAACUGAACACACUCAUAAAUGACAUUUGAUAUAAAUCUACAGAGUCACAGACACUUGUAGUAUGGUUUGGUUUUACAAUCAUUGAUAUACUGUAAAUGACAGAUAUAAUGUAGGCUAAGGGAGGUCAAGACUUCUGAACACAUUGAUGCUUAUGCUAAGAAUGAGAUUUGAAUAGACCCUGACACCUUUCAGGAAUUCUUAAUGCAGUCGCUAGUAAACGUGCCUAAUUCUACGUGGAAAAAUGUUCCUCUUAUUGUUUUGUGGUUUUACAUUCUAACACCGAGAACCUUUGAAAUACCGUUUAUAAAAGGAUGUUAAAGCCAUUUUUAGUAAUUUUAUAUGGAAUCGUAUGGACGUGCAGUAGUGCUGUUUUUAAUACUAGGUACUGUAACUCGCAUCUGUUUGGAGGCUUUUUAAUGUUUUUGUACAGGAGAACUCUUUUGUAUCAAUGACUCCAUGAAAAUGUUAAAUCUUAUUUUUUCCUUCUUUUUUUUUGAAUGGUUCAAUUAUAGCACAACUCUUAGGUAAUUGAUAUCUCAUUUGUAUUAAACAGAGGGUUUAUGAAAUAUUUACAUUGACACUGGGUUUGUGGUAUUGCACAGGAUUUGGGGAAGACCUGUUGUCAAACAGUGGGUUUGAGGUAAUAAAAGGUGGUUUGGCUGUGAUCAA